GGUGAUGCCUUUGAUGCGAUUCUGCGGGUUUUUUUCAUCCGGCAAAGGUGAUGGGUUUUUGUUGUUAUUUCCUGGAAGCCCCUAAAGAUCUUUUCUUGGACGGAUUGUUUCUACUGGGUUUGGGAAUUCGGUCCCAACUUCGUGGUUCCUAGGUUUUGCAUCUCCAAGAUUGUCUCAAUUCUUGGAAUCCUUUCUUUCUGAAGAUGAAAGGCGAGGAUGGCAUGCUGAUAUAUGUUCUGUGCUGUUCGUCUGGAUAAAAAGAUUUCCGUGUCACGACAUUGGAAUGCUACGGGAGUAAUGAAGUUCAAAGAAGGUGAUUGGGUGGAGGUCUUUAGAAGAAAUGAGGAGCCAUAUGGCUCCUGGUUCCCUUCAAAAGUUCUAUCGGUUGAUGUUGACAAGUGUGCUGUAAGAUGUGAGCUAUCUGCAACUCCAGAUGGAAGGCCCAUAAUAGAAAAGGUGCAUGAAAGAGAUGUCAGACCUUGCCCUCCCCAUGCGCCUGGCACGGAGCAUUGGAUGGUUGGCGACAUUGUUGAGGUGUUUGAUGCACAUUCUUGGAGGGUGGGAAAGAUUGCUAAGGUCCUCAGUGAUGAUUAUGUUGUGACCAAAAUCUUUGGUUCGAUCCAGCUUAAAGAGUUCCAUGUAUCUAAUCUGAGGUCUCGACAAGCUUGGCAGAACAACCACUGGGUUAUGAUCAACAAGAGAACUCUGCAGGGGCAUCUCAAACCCCAGCGUGUCUCAAUUCAUGAUGAUGAGAUAAGAGGCACCGGCAGGAAAAGGAAGGCUAGUUCAAAAAAUGAAGUUUAUAACCUGCUUGACAGAAGAACACUGCAACAAAAAUUAGAUGAUGUUACAUUCUCAAAAUCUACAGUUCGUGAAAAUGCUACACUCCUUAAAUCUGCUAGAGACAGAAUAAAUAUGUAUACUCAGAUGGAAGCUGAUAAGGUGUCGUCAGAUGUGCAUUUCAGAAAUUCAUCUGCAGUACCUACAAAGGUUACUGAAGAGAUUGCUGAAUGCUCUGUCGCUAGUUGUAGUGGUAAUGAUAUAAUAGAAACCGCUAAUCAAAAUACUAGAAGACAUACCAGGGAUAUUGCCAGAAAUACUUUUGAUCAUGCCAUGUCUUUGUGCCCACAUGAAGGUGGGAGAGAGAGCCAAAGGAUUUCUGGAGACAAGUUAGCUGCCAGUAUUCACGAAUUAGAGCUACAUGCAUAUCAAUCUACCAUGCAAGCGUUGUAUGCAUCCGGUCCUUUGAGUUGGGAACAGGAGUCACUUCUAACAAAUCUUCGUCUCUCACUAAAUAUUUCUAACGAAGAGCAUUUACUUCACUUGAGGCAGCUAUUAUCUACUGAAGUUCUUUGAGCCCUAACUACUUACCAUCAUGCUGCUACAAGGUCGAACAAUGUUAGGUACAUCUCUAUCUUUCGGAAGAUCACCUCCUGAUCAACUUUAUAGAGUUUAUCAUUUGUUAUCGAGAAAGAAUGAUUGUAAUGGCAGGCGAAUUAAUCAUACCCUGCAAUUUUUAGAUAGCUUUAAUCUUGUUUCCUUUUAUAUGCAAUAUGAUUAAACUUUUUGAAUGAAAUUGAGUAGUUUUCCU